AGUGCUUUCAUUCUGCUGUCGGCUGUCUGUUCCACCUGAGUUGUUGUCUUCCCUUCUUGCUCUCUUUUCACUCCCUCCUUGUUGCAUAGACACGUGAUUUUAGUGGUAAUUCAUUGCCGCCCCUUUCUUUCGCAGACAGGACUAGGACCACUUUUCUCAGUAGAAAUGACAGUUUCGCAAACACGAUCAUUACGCAAAAACCUUCAAUGAAAAUUCGUUCUUCAGUACUUAGUCUAGUAAACUAAGUACUAUCUUUGCUCUCAACAACAAAAAAUGAGUGGGGCAUCGAUGUUUAACCGUGGUAUCCCUGGUGCUCCAGCGGGCGAUCCACGAGGCGACGCACCUGGUACUUUCACCUCAGGCGGUUCAUCAAGCUCUUAUUACCACGACGUAACUAGCGGAUUUGGUGAAGUGGAAAAAAGUGACGCGGCUGAUGCUGGAACAAGUUAUGAUGCUGGAACAUUUCUGCCACUGACUGUGACUCUUUCUCUUGUCAUCAGGAGUGUAGAAAAACAAUUGUGAUGAAGCUCGAACCACUGAUGUUGAAGAUGAUAGAGUGUUCAUCAAACUUACCUCAGACCGAUUCGUGCAUACAGCUGAUCAAUAAGUACUAGAUGAAGUUGAAGACGUCAUCUUCUUCCGCCAGUUUUUGCCCCUUAGUCAGCGUGAUGUCUAGUUCUAUCUCUUCUUCUCCCCUGCCACCUCUGGAGCUCUAAGCCCAUUCAGCAGCGGCCGACCGCAUGCCGAUUAAAACGGUCAGAAUCCUUGUCGACGAUGGAGUGCAGUCAGCGGAUUGGAAGGUAGACCCCAAGUUCGUUUACGACGAGUGCGACCAUGUGAAACUGGCAGCAUCACGCUCAUUACCCGAAAUGCAUGCCAAGAUCGAGAGGGUGCAGGCAUACAUAAACUCCCUAGGAAUUUUCAAAGAUGCCACGUGCGUGCUGGAUAAGGGGACUGGUAUUUUAAUACUUGUAACUACCACUACGUCACUCAUCCAGGUUCGUCCUCGUGAUAAUCGUCUACUUUUUACCAAGAAUGUACAACUAGAUCAGCACUAUCAUUAUACUAUAACCAACAUGUCAGAUAAGAAGAAACAGGAAGAUGUAUACAGAUUGUAGGUGUAUAAGUCAAGUAUGCCACAUAACUCUUCUUUCACAACAAAUCAGGUGACAACGACGUGGACCUGAUAUUCCAUCUACGUCCGAUUAAACCGCAUUACUCUUUUGGCGCCAACGUAAACGGCAAAGGUCAGACGACCGCAGAAUUCAAUUUUGACGUGCCAUGUAUAGCCGGGACAUGCACUAGUGCAAAAUGCACAGCGAAAACACCGACUUGGUACUUAUCAGUUUGCACAUGGUUAUUUCUUGUACUAGUACUCGUCCUUAUGGCUAUGGCAUCGUCCUUAUUGCAAGUAGAUAGAAACUAUGAAGAACGACAACAACGAAUAGCCUUUGCCCUUUGAAUUUGAAAAGAAAAACCAACGACUCUGCCCAACCUAGUAAUUCUUCACCUCAUCUACACCCCACCACAUCACUCCACAUCACCCCACAUUUCCCCCCGCUCGACUCCCCCGCUCUCCACCUACCAUCUCUCAGGCGCAUCCUCGAAGGCUACGAAACGCAAGCCUCUCUAUUUACGAAGCGAUUAUGGGGCGUUCGAGGUUUGCAGGCGAGUUUGGAUUUGAAUAGUUCUGUGAAUGAUAUGAAGCCUUAUUCGAGUUAUGACGAAAUGAGCAAAUCAGUCAAUUUGAACUUCGGCUUCGCUGGGCACAACCUCUCCGUGGAGUUGUACAAUCUCCGAAAUGUCGUGCUGGCGAUGGGACAGGUAAGUAAAAGUUUAAAGAGUGAGACUGAGAAGAUGAACAAGAGUGAGUCUGAGUCAAUAGGGACGAACAGGAGGUCUAAGUCUAACUGAUUUUCCUGCUCACUCAACCUCAAACUGAAAAAAUUCUGCAGGCUUCCACCGCGAUGCAGAUGAGUCGUUUACGGUCCGUAAAGACAGGCUCUCGCUAUACCUUUGCGCAUCGAACUCCGUCAGGCUUUUUCGGUAAAAUCAGUACAGAAAUCGCUGGCUUCCUAGGAGACGUCAACCUAGCGAAGGGCGACGUGUGUUUGUCGAAAACAUGGAGUUUCCCCUGUAUCUUUUCGAUGCGAGGAAAUACGAGUUAAGGGAAAGCGAAAAGGAAGUAGUCAUUGAAUUUUUAUAUAUGUUCCAGGACCACAGGGGGGGUACCGUCCGGCCCUAAAUCAUAUGUAAUCAAUGGGAUCAGGGAGCACGUCGAGUAGGUCUUUCUCUUUCUCAUUGUCGAGUAGGUCUUUCUCUCUUCUCUCUAACUUGAAUUGGAUCACAAGGAUUCUCUUCUUGUUUUCCUCAUGAUCAAAAUCAGGUUACCAAAUUACUUGAUACGAGAACCAUACAGAAAGAGAAAGCCCUACUCCUCGACAUGAUCUUAUCACACGCUUUUCUUUGAGUUCUGAAUUUCCGAAGACGAGACGACUCUUUUCUCCGUCGACCGUAUCAACAUGAAAACUACUCAACUUCACUGUGAUUAGAAUUAUCGAUAACAUUAACACCUGCACUCCUUCCUCCUCUCUUCACUUUUCUAAUUGCAACCUGUUGACAUGUGGCAUUUCACAUUAAUGGGUGCAGCCGGCCACGCAGCAGCUCUAGAUGGCAGACCUUUGUGCAUCCAAGACAAAUUUUUCCUCGGAGGCGGAAACGGAUUCGUGAACACGAUCUGCAAGGGCUUUGGUUUCCGGAGAUUUGGCCCUUGUGCGAUAAGGUCUGUGGAAGGUGGGACGAGUGGCGCGAAUGUAAUAACACUGUAAUAUUAAUACGGGUAAGCUAUAAACAUACGGGUAGGUGGCGAUAGAGGUGUUUCUCCUGUUACCGUUCGUUAAGAACUGCAACAUCAUCAUCGUCAAUGAAUAUUACAAAUACAAUUAGUACAAAAAUAUAAUUGUUGAUUAACAUUCAUCAUCAUCAUCAUCACCAUCACCAUCGAAGCUCAGUCUCUCAGACAUCUUUUCUCAUGAACAUUACCUUCAGCCUGAGUACGAUUACCUUGGUGGUGAUUCGUAUGGCAAUGCUAGUGUCAGCCUCGCCCGUGAUUUUCCCUUGCGCGAAGGACAGGUAGGCCGCGCUUUUGUAUUCGCGCAGGGUGCUGCGCUAGGCGACGGCGGGUUGAGCAAGGUCCUUACUUUACGGCUUCCCCUAAGGGUCCACCUUGAGAUAGUAGAUCUUGGAAAAGCUGUUCCUUCAGGAGAAAGAAGCACCAAGAUUCAUCUCAGGACGGAUUUAAGUGAACAUUGGCUUAGUAGUUUAGGCGUUGGCCUGUUCACUUAUCAGGGCGACUUCUAAUUACUCCCGAGCAGGGCAACUAUCGUGCUAGUGUAGGCGCAGGCUUAGGCUUCCCAUUCUUUCCCGGAUGCGAGUUCCAGCUAUCGGCGUGCAUGCCUGUAAGAUGGCAAUCCACAGACAUACGCGAGAACGUGCAAUUUGGACUCAAGUUCGCUGGAUAGGAUUUAAUGUUGAUGAACCAGAGGAAGGGAGUUUCUUAUUUCUCUCAGCAAAUUGCUCGCGACUCAGCACAUUCAAAAUUUUUUCCUGGCGAGUUCUUUUUGUCUAUGAGCACUAUGACUAUGAAUUUUUCCUUUGUAUUGGAUGUAAUUCUUGUAAAAACCUCUCCAUGCAUUUUUCUCCACCUC